CGGUUCAAGUAGCAGCGGCUGUUGUCUUUUGAGUGCUCAUAUCUCGCAUCAACUCUCUCUCUCUCUCUCUCAAUGGCUUUACAGGUUAGCUCAACGCUUCCAGCCCACAAGCUGCAUCUCUUUCAGGCCAAACGUGCCAGCUUCAAACGCCAACACUCUAUGCUAAAACCCACCUCAACAAUAACUCCUCCUUUAACUUUUUCCAGUACAUCAUCAUCAACAACCGGGCAAGCAAAAAAACACCUAGCAAAUCUUGAAAAACUACUCCAGAAACAAGUCCCAGAACCAAUUAACCAAACUGCCUCGCAACCAGUUCACAGAAUUUCUAAUGACGGGUCCUUGGAGAAUAACAGGGGGAAGAACUUAUUAGAACGUCUUAAUUCGUUUAGAUUUUGGCCUGCAAUGAAAGCAGCUGAGGAAAUGUCACCUAGACAUCUAAACAGGCUUCAACGUUUGUUAUCUAAGACAGAGGAGUAUUCUCCGAGGAAUCAUCUUGGUCCUCGGUGGCGAGAGUAUCACGGUAGCAAUGAUUGGAAGGGACUUCUUGACCCACUCGACGAGAAUCUCCGGCGAGAAGUUGUGAGAUACGGAGAGUUUGUCCAAGCAUCCUAUCAUGCUUUUCAUUCCAAUCCUGCCAUGUCAGCAGCGAAACCUCCAUUACCCCAACAGGUGGCACUUCCCGAUAGGUCCUACAGAGUGACGAGGAGUCUUUAUGCGACUUCCUCGGUUGGGUUGCCAAAGUGGGUGGACGAUGUGGCACCGGAUCUUGGGUGGAUGACCCAGCGGUCUAGUUGGAUCGGGUAUGUUGCCGUAUGCGAGGACCGGAGGGAGAUCCAACGAUUAGGAAGGAGGGAUAUCGUUAUCGCAUUGCGGGGGACUUCUACAUGUCUUGAAUGGGCAGAGAAUAUGAGGGCCCAGUUAGUUGAAACGCCUGGAGAGCACGACCCGACUGAAAUCCAACCGAAGGUGGAAUGCGGGUUCUUGAGCUUGUAUAAAACUGGAGGGGCUAACGUGCCUAGUUUAUCCCAGUCUGUGGUUCAAGAGGUGAGAAGGCUUAUGGAGUUAUACAGGGGUGAGACCUUAAGCAUUACAGUCACAGGACACAGCCUCGGUGCUGCCUUGGCUCUGCUAGUAGGCGAUGAAUUAAGUACAUGUGCGCCGCAAGUGCCACCAAUCGCAGUUUUCUCCUUUGGUGGUCCUCGUGUCGGCAACAAAGGAUUUGCGAACCAGAUUAAUGCCAAAAACGUUAAGGUGUUGAGAAUUGUGAAUAGCCAGGAUGUUAUCACGAGAGUCCCAGGAAUACCCAUGGUGGAAGAGCUAAAUGACAACAUGCCAUUGGCCUAUGCACAUGUUGGGACAGAAUUACGUGUAGACACAAAGAUGUCACCUUAUCUGAAGCCUAAUGCUGACGUGGCAUGUUGCCAUGACUUGGAGGCGUACCUCCACCUGGUUGACGGGUUCAUCGCUUCAAACUGUCCGUUCAGAGCAAAUGCCAAGAGAAGUCUAGUCAGGUUGCUCAAUGAACAGGGAUCUAAUGUGAAGAGAUUGUAUACAAGCAAGGCACAGGCCUUGAGUUUGAGUUUUGAAAGGAAAGGACUGGCCGCUUCCGGGUGUUUGCCGAGUCCAUCCUGACAAACUCUCUCAGAAGGCGUUGAUUAGUGAUUGUAGAGACAAUUUCAAAAGCAAAAAUUGUAUUUAAUGUUUGACCAAAUACUUGAAAAAAAUCCUCUGGAUUUUUCUUAUG